AUGCCUCGUGUCGCAUUCCUCACUGACGAAGAAAUUGACCGAUUCCUCGACGAGCUAGACCACAAUGGAGAUGGAACAAUCGACUAUCAAGAGGUAGAGGCCAAAUUGGACCAAGUUCACGCCAAAAUUGCACCAAAUCCGAAGCCUCAUAACCUCCACCACGACAGUAAAGACGAUGACGACCGUCAUCACUUCCUACGCAGCAUUAUCGGCUCCGAUAAGGACCGCAUUCCCAGAGCCGAAUUUGCCCAACGGGUUCGAGAAUGGGAGAUCCCAUCUUUGAAACAGUCGAAAAAGGAGGAGCAAGAUGAGAAGGAUUACAUGCACGAUAUGUCGGUUUGGAGACGCAUGCGUUCUUACUGGGCAGUGCAUGGCCCGGAGAUCCUCUUCAUUGCCUUAGUCAUCUCAAUGCAACUCGCCUUCGGAAUCUGGCAAAUGGUCAAAUACAUCACUGUCGUCGAAUACCGCCGGGCAUUCGGCUGGGGGGUUGUGCUGGCGAAGACGUGUGCCGGGGCUCUCUAUCCCACCUUCUUCUUCGUCAUUUUGAGUAUGAGCCGAUAUUUUUCAACAUUCCUCCGGAAGUCAUACUACAUUUCCCGGUUCAUCAAUUGGGACCUUUCCCAGGAUUUCCAUAUCAAGAUAUCCUGCGUGGCCCUGGCCCUGGCAACCCUCCACGCAAUCGGCCAUCUGACAGGGUCUUUUGUGUUUGGAAGCCAACCCGGAAGGCAGGAUGCCGUUGCCUACCUCCUCGGGCCUGACGCUGUCCCACGUCCGUAUAGGGCAUAUGCCGCAUCCGUGCCGGGGUGGACCGGUAUCACGGCUCUUGGGCUAUUCUGGACCCUUGCGCUCUGCAGCAUGCCGCCGAUCCGUAGGUGGAACUACGAGGUCUUCCAACUGAGUCACUUGCUUAUGUACCCCAUUAUCGGCCUCCUCAUGGCCCAUGGCACGGCCGCUCUCCUACAAUGGCCCAUGCUCGGCUACUGGCUCGCCUUCCCCACUCUCCUCAUCUUCGCCGAAAGAGUUACGCGCAUCUCCGUUGGCUUCCACCGCAUCCCAGCAACGGUCAAGAUCCUCGACGGAGAGACCGUUGAGAUCAAGGCGAAAGUACCAAGCGAACGCAUCUGGAAAUACCAAGCCGGGCAGUACGUCUUCCUCCAGGUGCCCGAGCUGAGCUUCUGGCAAUGGCACCCGUUCACGGUCUCCGUCUGCAUCGGGCGCGAGUUCCAGCUACACAUCAAGACGGACGGUGACUGGACGGGCCGCUUGCGCGGGUUAGCCAACAGCGAGGGGACAGCCACGCCAGUCGACAUUGGCAUCAACGGGCCCUUCGGCGCGCCCGCCCAGCGCUUCUACGACUUCACCCACACCAUCGUCGUCGGGGCCGGCAUCGGCAUCACGCCCUUCUCCGGCAUCCUGGCCGACCUCCAGGCCCGCGACGACCAGGCCCACGGCUGCGCGUCGUCCAGCGAGGAAGACGGCGGCGGCAGCGGCAGCAGCGGAGGCGAGAAACCCACCCUCAACACGUCCAACUCCGGCUCGACGCUGACCUCCCCACCGCCGGCCCAACCGCCCACCACCCACGAGAAAACGUCCGCUGACACCGACGCCUCCCCCGCCUCCGCCUCCGCCAGCACCAGCGCCUAUGCCCCCGACUACCGCCGCUGCGACUUCCACUGGAUGGUGCGCGACCGCAACUACCUCCUCUGGUUUUCGGACCUGCUCAACACCGUCUCGCGCUCGCAAGCGUCCCGACACCACAGCCGCAAUACCCCGGACGCCGAUGACGCGCGUCACUCACCCCGUCGGCAGGAACAGCACCUCGACAUCCGCAUCCACACGCACGUCACCCAGCGCCGCGACGACAUCGCCAUCCACGUCUACCGCUGGCUCCUCGAGCAGCACCGCACGCCCGCGCACCCGGCCAGCCCGCUGACGGGUCUCGUGAACGCGACGCGCUUCGGGCGGCCUGAUUUCGUCGGGAUACUGGAUGCGCAUUAUGAUGAUAUGCGGAGGUAUCAGGGGAACCUGGUGGCGGUGAAGGAAAGGGAAAAGGAAAAGGAAAAGCAGGAGCAGGGAGAACGGGGAGAACGGGGAGAAGAACAGGGGGUGGAUGUGGAUGCUGGCAGGUUGAAGGUGGGGGUGUUCUUCUGCGGGGCGCCGGUCGUCGGAGAGAUCCUGGCGGAUCGGUGCAGGGCAUUGACUGCGAGGGGGAGGGCGGAUGGGAGUAGGGUUGAGUAUCAUUUUAUGAUGGAGGUGUUUGGGUAA